AUGUCACACCUGCCAUCAUUUCCAUCAACAGCAUGCUACUUCAAACGCGGAAAGGCAAAAUCCAGAUUUCCCGUCGCUGCCGCCAUUCCAGGUUUCGAUAAUUUGCGACCUGAUGACAUGGCAACCGUCGAAGCAGCUCUCACUGGGCUCCCAGGUGGUGUGAAUUCUUCUCCAGCUGCUGCUGCUCAACCCUAUCAGAAACCUACUGGAGAUCAAGGAUUUGUUGCCGAAUAUGCUGCUUCAAGCCGAGCAAAAUGUCGAGUUUGUGAACAAAAACUGGAGAAAGGAGAGCUGCGGUUAUCGCUUCCUGUACUCAGUGAGAAUGAGAAAUGGAGUGGUGCUGUUCCAGGAUGGCAUCAUCCUGCUUGUUUCUUCUCGAUGCACAAAGCAGAGGUGAAUGCACCAACUGACUUUGAUGGAUAUGACAAUUUACGAGAUUAUGCAAAAUCUGUCAUCAAUUCUCUUUGCGCUGGAUUGCCUAUUCCUGCAGCACCAGAAGAAGAAGUCGAUGCACCACCAACUCCAGUACCCAAGAAACGUGUCAAAAAGGCUCCAGUGUCUGAUGAUGAAGAUGAAGGUGUUGACCUAACAAUUGAUGAAGAAGCUGAAUAUAAACCUCGUCCGACGAAACGAGGUCGAAAGGCAGCAACAGCUCGUGAACCAGAACCAGAGGUUAUAGUCGUAGAAGACGAUGAAGCACCUCCACCUAGAAAAUCAAAGUCAAAAGCAAAGACCUCAAAGGGCAAGGGCAAAGCUCGUGCUGAUGACGACGAUGAUGUCAAGAUGGAGGUCAAGCCAGAAGUCAAGACGGAUGUUUCAGUCGCUACUGCCGCUACUCCCAUCAACGAAAGCCCUUAUGCUGCUCAAGCUCGAGUUUUACAUCGAAUCCGUGAUGAAAUAAAUGCUGCUGUUGGUCCCAAAAUGAGAGGGAAAUGGAAUACUCGAAUUGCCAUAUUCCAGCAAUUAUUGGCCGCCAACAAUAUCAACAUUGCAAAAUCGGACGAUGAUCUCUUGUUUGCUGCAUUGUCUGAUGCUAUGACGUUUGGUGUGGCACAGAUGUGUACAGAUUGUAACUCUAGUCGUCUUGUAUAUACCUCUCCUCCUGGUCAUUAUUUCUGUCCUGUCUUUCAUGAUUGGGGACCAUGUAUUGGAAAGUCAGACACUCCUGUCUUGUCACCAUUUGUUACAGUCCAGGAUAUUGAAGUCGACUACUUUCGAAACUUUAUCUUCAAUCCGAUUCCUCGUCUUAUGCCACAAGUCACUCAGCAACGUCCGGUUUCCAAGAUGAUGACUUCUGUGGAAUUGCGAGCCAAAGUUCAAGAGCUUGAACUUGACUCUGACAAACCUUUGGCUGGAAAGGUGUUGGCCUUUUGUGGCACCCUGGGAGCUACUCAUGCUGCAUUGGGUGAAAUUGUCGAGGAAAAUGGUGGCACUGUCUCGAAGAAGAUUGAUGCUUCAGUCACUUUGCUCAUCACCAAUGCUGCUGACGUUGAAAAGUCGUCUACAAAGGUCGUACAAGCACAAGAAGCUGGUAUUGAUGUAGUUGACGUCCAAUGGAUUCAUGACUGUGCGGAACAAAAGAAGAGGUUGAAGUACAAUGUACCAAAGUACCUCUUGAAGCACAAUCGCAAAGACGAAGAGGCGGGACCAUCGGCAGGCAGCAAACGCCCUCGUAAUCUUGAAGAAGAACGAGGUGAAAAGAAGGUCAAACUCCGUGUCAAGGAUGGAAUUCCAAUCGAACUUGAAUCAAAUGUCGCUGAUACUCAUCACGUAUUGCGUGAGCAAGGACUCAUUUACUCAGUGUCUCUGACCAAGGUUGAUAUAUCUCAGAACCAGAACUCGUACUAUAAGAUACAAGCCUUGAUUCCUGAUUCAAGUCGUGGAGAAUGUGUCUUGUUUACAGCAUGGGGUCGUCAAAACACAACUCAAGGCUCCAAUAAGGUCGCUCAACAUCCAAAUAAACAAGCUCUCAUUGAAUCUUUCAAUGAAAUUUAUACUGACAAGACAGGAAACGAGUUUGGUGAAGUAUUCCGCAAGGUUCCUGGCAAAUAUAAUCUGGUUGAAACUCAUGUCGACGAGGACUUUGGCAAGUCAAAUGUUGUAGCAGGUAGCAAGUCCACUUUGCCUACACCAGUCAAGGAUCUCAUGAAGAUGAUAUUUGAUGUCCAAAUGAUCAAAAAUACUCUAGCUGAACUCGAGAUUGAUGCCAAAAAGAUGCCUCUGGGAAAGUUGAGCAAAAGUCAAAUUAAAAAAGCGUAUAUUGUACUCGACCGAUUGUCAAAAGUCGUGCCUGGUGGUACUGUCGUUGAUCCAGCGACUGAUGUCGAACCUUCUGGAUCCUUGACUCGUGGUGGUUCAUCGAAACUGCAAAUGGUGAAUCUCAGCAAUGAGUUCUACUCCCUCAUUCCACAUGACUUUGGACGAAAUCAAGUUGUUGUCAUUGACAGUAUUGAAGCCGUCCGUCAGAAAAUCACGCUUCUCGACACCUUAUCUGAAAUGGAAAUCGUUCAGCAAAUCAUCCAGGCUGGAGAAGGUGAUACUGAUGAGGAUCCGAUAGACAUUCAUUACCGCUCUCUCAAGACUGAAUUGGAACCUAUUGAACGUGGUUCUGAUAUAUUCAACAUGAUUUCUGAAUGCACUACCUCUACACAUGCGCCAACGCACCAGGAAUAUAGUCUUGAGGUCUUGGAUAUCUUCAAAGUCAAAAGGGAAGGAGAGGAUACACGGUUUGCAAAAGCAACGAAACGUAUUCCUGGAUCUGCCAACUAUUGUUUUGCACAUGCUCAGCAACCCGAAGGAGUUCUCCUCUUGUCUGAAGUUUUACUUGGUGAACCUUAUGAACGAAUCAAGGCUGAAUAUGUUGAAAAGUUGCCAGCUGGGACACAUUCAACCAAAGGUAUCGGUGGAUCAGCGCCUUCUCAAUGGAUUCCUCAUCCUGGAGAUCCAAACUUGCUCAUUCCUAUGGGUCCUGUUGCAACUCAGAAGAUGCCAGAAAGCUUUGGUCGUCAAAAGGGUGAAUUGCUUUAUGAUGAACAUAUCGUGUAUGAGACCGAUCAAGCCAAGAUUCGUUAUGCUGUAAAGGUUAAAUUCAAUUUUAAGAAGGGAGCUGGUCGUCGCUGA